AUGGAUUCGGAUUGGACUGAGAUUCCAACACAUAUCUUAGAGUUAAUUUUGGAAAAAAUAGAACCAGCAAUUGAUUUUAUACGAUUUGGUGCUGUUUGUCGUGAAUGGCGUUGUGCGAUGAAGGAUAAUCUACAACAACGAAUCAAAACGUUACAUAAUCGAUAUAGAUAUUUCCAGGUUCCAAUGCUUCUAACUUCUACUACUGAAGAUGACAACACAUGGAAUAUGUAUAAUGUUAUGAACAAUAAGUUUUUAGAGACAAAACUUGUAGUGCCAUAUGAUAAACGGUUUUGUGGCUCUUCAAAGGGUUGGGUGGUAACUGUGAAUAAAGAUUGGACAGUAACACUCUACAAACCUUUUUCUAUGGUUCAAUAUGGGAAUAAUAAUGCUGACACAUGCGUUAUUCAACUUCCACCCUUAUUUCCUAUGGAGUACGAAGAAGGUGUUGAACCAUAUGAUCCUCUAGAAGAUUUUCCGAAUGACUACGAUAUAUAUAUUGAUCCUGAAAAUGUUUAUUACUUCCAUGUUUACAAGGCACUGAUUACACAUGAUCCCUUAGCGAAUCCAGAUGAAUGCAUCGUUGUAGUAAUAUUUAGCGACAUGAACGAGUUGGCAUUCAUUAGACUCUCACAUGAUGGUGGCCCCCAAACUUGGAUAAAAAUAGAGCCAAAAUUUUUUUCAGAAGAUAUUUUGUUUUAUAAUGAUUUAUUUUAUGCGGUAAUGGGAGACGGUAGCUUAAGAUCUUUCGAUCUUAGAUGCUCUAGUGUCAACUCAACAAUAAGGGAACUUGCUCAUGCGAUUCCAUGGAUAACUAAUUCUGGUAAGAGAUAUCUGGUGGAAUCAUACGGACAUAUCAUAAUGGUUGAAAGAUUUAUUGGGUUCGAACAAGUCAAGAUUAAAGGUCGAAAAACGAAAUCAUUUAAAGUUUGGAGGUAUUGUUUUGACUCUAACACUUGGAUUCAAAUUGAAAGUCUUGGUCAAAUGUCCUUUUUCGUGGGUGACAACUCCUCAUUAUCGAUUUUGGCUUCUAGUUUUACGGGGCUUCAACCAAAUUGUAUUUAUUUUACUCAUGAUGUGGACGGGUUAUAUGGUUCAUCGAGGCCUCCUAUAAUUUCAGAUUUAGGCCUAUAUAAUCUUGAGAAUGGCGAGUUUAAAUUACAUUUUACUAUUGAAUCAGAUUUACUGAAGAAAAUGAAUAAUCGACCCCCUGUUUGGCUUGUACCCACACUCUAGGAGCUACUUUUUUAUUCUUCUACGUUUAGUUUUAUUUUAUUUUAUUUUAAGAUACAUUUGGUUUUAUUUUAUUGUAUUAUUUAUUUAUUUAAGAGAGUUCAUGUAGUUAGAUUUAUUUAUAGUUUGAGUAAUUUUAUAUGGGCUAGUACUUUUAUAUAUCAAACCCCUUGCAAAAUUAAAAAUUAAUUUGUGCUUGAGCUAAUGAUCAUCAGUCUGUCUCCUAUGCAUGCAUACCUAAACUUUGG